GAUUGAGACAUAAGAUAUGUACUUUUAUCCUGGAAAAAUGUUAGGUUUUUGUGGGAUUCUCAAAAAUUUAAGGUUAAUGCGGACAAUGUCGCGGGCGGCCGUUAGUUUUGAAUAUACAUUAUAUAUUUGAUAUAUGUAGGUACUUAAUGAAAUCCUAUGUAAAAGUACUCUGUGAUCCCAGUUCUGUAUUAUACAAAGCCACACAUAGGCCAUUUAAGUAUAUAAUUUAUAACAUUUUCUUUUAAAAAUUUAAUGUUUGAUAUUAAAUGUCACAUAAUGGGAAGAGAAUAAACAUGUCGCUAAAUAAGAUAUCAAAGGUUCGAAUAUUAAGUGACAUUUGGUAUUCUGGUAACUGUCAACAAAAAUUGUGAUCAAAAGUGCUUUGCAGUUUCUCCCCUGAAUAAAAAAGUUCUUUUACAUUUCUGGAAUUAAGAAAAGCACGUAAAAUAAACAUGGUUGUUACCAAAGAAGUGCACCUUCCCACAAUGGAAGAAUUAGAUACACAGGAAGUCAAUGUUUCAACAGCGACGCUUAUGUCUGCUGCCCCAUAUCUGGGUAAGUCAUGUGAGAACGUCAACAGCGAGUACAUGCUAUGCAGGCAAGAGUUGAAUGACCCUCGGGCUUGUAUUAAAAUAGGGAAAAUGGUCACCGCAUGUGCUAUGCAAGUGUUUCGUAGAAUCAAAGCAGAAUGCUUAGAAGAGUUCAAUCAGUAUGCCAAUUGUGUUGAAAAGAGUUCUGGUGAUUUUGUUUUUAAAAACUGCCGAAAAACUCAAAUGGUGUUCGAUGGUUGCAUGUUCGAAAAGUGUCAGUUGCGUCGUCCUCAUUUUGGAUAUUUCUGCCGCGGUCGUGUCCACCGCACCUCGAGCCCCGAGCCAGCGGCGCCGCCGUGCCCUUGCCAUUCCCCUGUUCCUGACCCCACACCCUCAUUGCCCGACUGCAAACCUAGGAAACCCGCCCGAUUCGGAGGUCGUUUGUUUUGGACUAACGACUAGAACUUUGAGGGGAAUUGUUUUUUUCCUGUAUACAUGUUUUUUUUACGUUUUCUCGACAUCAAGUGUUUCGUUAUGAUAAAUUAUUGAAAUAAAUAAAUUAUUUUGGGAAUAUUAACACAAAAGUCCUUUUACGUGACGUGUUUUACGUAGGUACCUACCUUACUAGUAUAGUAUCAAAUAUGAUUAUUGCUAUGUUGUUUAACUCAAACUGAUCCAAAAAAUAAUUAGCAAGAUGGUAGUUGAACGUAGACCUAUCAAAACGUAAGAGAAGGUCAAUGAAAAUUAAGAGCUAAGUAGGUUAAACACCUUUAUUGUAGGCAAUGUUGUAAUUGCAUAAACUGAAUGGCUCACUCACUGUUACUGACACGGUGACGUAGCAGAUUAUCACAAUUAAGUAACAAUGUUUUUGGGGUAGGUACGUACCUAUAAUUGAAAAAUCAUUUUGUAGUUUUGAGCGAGGACAUGCUUUCAUUCUUACCUGCUGCCCAAAAGCACUAAAUAGAUUUUGUGCCAUAGCCAUAACUAACAAGCCUGCAUACUGGCACACAUACCUACUAUAUAUGUAUACUGAUUGAAGUUGUUAACUCGUAAAUUAAUCCAACAUGCUUGAACUAUUGGAAAAAAGCAAUCACAUUUACCUCUAGAGUUGAUCAAUCGCAUAUCGGUUGCCUUGAGAGAAUGUCAGUCAUAGAAAGAUGAGGUAUCUACUAUCAACUUUUCAGUUAACCUAAUCGGAUAAUUAUUUCAUUGGUAUUUACGAAAUCGUCCUAAAGGUCAGUUUAUCAGUCGCAGAUUAAAUUGAGCUCUCAAGAUUUCUCUUUAAGACCUUGAAUUAUUUAAGUGCAAAUUCAAAAAAACUAUUUUAUUU